AUGAAGAAGGAGACGAUCAGUGCGCUUCAGGAGCAGGUCAGAAAGCUGGAGGACGAGAAGAGACAGUUGCUAGCGGAAAAUAAGAUAGCGAAUAAAGAAAAGAAGAAACACGAUGAUCUCAAGAAGCUGAUGAGUGCGGAGCAGCGGGUCGGACAGGAGAAUUGGAUGGAGCGCAGAAAGCUGGAGGCCGCGAAGACGUCGUUGGAGGCAGAACUCGCAGACAAAGUAGCUGAAAUCGAGAAGUUGAAGAAAGUGGCGGAGAAGGUCGGAGAGCUGGAGGCCGAGAAGACGUCGUUGGAGUCAGAAGUUGAGGAGAAACUGGUUGAAAUCGAGAAGCUGAAGAGAGUGGUGGAGAAGGUCGGAGAGCUGGAAGCCGAGAAGACGUUGCUAGCGACACAGCUCGCGGAGAAGGAGGACAAUAUCGAGAAGCUGAAGAGAGUGGCGGAGCAGGUCGGAGAGCUGGAAGCCGAGAAGACGUCGUUGGAGUCAGAAGUUGCCGAGAAACUGGUUGAAAUCGAGAAGCUGAAGAAAGUGGCGGAGAAGGUCGAAGAGCUGGAGGCCGAGAAGACGUCGUUGGCGACACAGCUCUCCGAGAAAGAGGACAAUAUCGAGAAGCUGAAGAAAGUGGCCGAGCAGGUCGGAGAGCUGGAAGCCGAGAAGACGUCGUUGGAGGCAGAACUCAUGAAGAAAGAGGACAAUAUCGAGAAGCUGAAGAAAGUGGCCGAGCAGGUCGGAGAGCUGGAAGCCGCGAAGACGUCGUUGGAGUCAGAACUCAUGAAGAAAGAAAAAGAUCUAGAGAAGCUGAAGAGAGUGGCGGAGCAGGUCGGAGAGCUAGAGGCCGAGAAGACGUUGCUAGCGACGCAGCUCGUGGAGAAGGAGGACAAUAUCGAGAAGCUGAAGAAAGUGGCGGAGAAGGUCGGAGAGCUGGAAGCCGAGAAGACGUUGCUAGCGACACAGCUCGUGGAGAAAGAGAAAUCGCUCGAGAAGCAGAUGGAGACUGUGGAAGAUCUUCAGCAAAAGAUUCAAGCAAAGCAAAGAGAAGGCCAGAAGCACAUCGGACAGCGCUUCAGAGAGAAGCUCAAAAAGCGGAUCAGAGAGCAGGAGAACAAGAAGACAAAGUUGAGGAAGAAGUUGGAACAGAAGAAAGCUGACCAGGAAGCGCGCGACAAAGAAGUGUUCAGAAAAGGAUUGGAAGUUUUUACGAGCAGCGUGGAGGCCGCAGAAUUGCGAGCAAAAACCGCUGAGAACAAUUUGAGGACAGCCGAGAACAGAAUACGCGGUAAGCGAAUUGGCCCUGACUUUCGACUCACUUUCAAGCCUUCUUUGACUCGGAUUGAAGUUUGUUGGGACGGGCUUGAGACUUGGACCCAAUAGACUUCAAUCCAAGUCGAAGAAGUCUGCAAAGUUCAACUUCUGUACACACGAUUUUGCAGAUCUGGAAGUGAUGAUGGCAGAAAAUUCGAAAGAGAUGGACGGAGCCCUCGACAUGGUUUUGGAGCUGGAAGACGAGGUCCAAGUAUUGAACGUGCUUCUGAAUGAAACGAAGAGGGAUCGAGAAAAAGAGAGCCGUCCUGGUGAGGCACUCGAUUCGCCUGCUGUACACACCAAUCCGCAGCCGCAAGACGAUCUGGCAGGUUUGGAUGCUCAGUUGGAGCCACGCGAAGAGCCGGAUGAAGACAUCGGUAGUGGCGUCCAGAUAGACGAAGACGACCAGAGCGAAUCUGCGGAGCAGAAUGAGGACGACGAGAUGGUUGAAGAUCAAGUUCAAGACCAUGAGGACGACCGAAACGAAUCUCCGGCUCCACCUCGACAAAAAGUACAAGGAAGACGAGGAAGAGGACGUGGAGAACGACAAAUUGCACCUGUGCAGCCAAAUAGCGACGACGAGAUGGUUGAAGAUCAAGUUCAAGACCAUGAGGACGACCGAAGCGAAUCUCCGGCUCCACGUCCACAAGAAGUACGAGGAAGAGGAGGAAGAGGAGGAAGAGGAGGAAGAGGAGGAAGACAAGGACUACGAUCAAGAGGACAAAUCGAAGCUGUGCAGCCGAACAGCGACGACGUGAUGGAUGAAGAUCAAGCUCAAGACCAUGAGGACCACCAAAGCGAAUCGCCGGCUCCACGUCCACAAAGAGGACGAGGAAGAGGAGGAAGAGGAGGAAGAGGAGGAAGAGGAGGAAGAGGAGGAAGAGGACGGGGAGGACGACAAAUUGCACCUAUCGAGCCAGAGAUGGUCGAAAAUGACGCUGGAGACGGUGAAUCUGCGGCUCCACGUCUACAAGGAAGACAAGGACUACGAUCAAGAGGACAAAUCGAAGCUGUGCAGCCGAACAGCGACGACGUGAUGGAUGAAGAUCAAGGUCAAGACCAUGAGGAUCGAAGCGACCAAAGCGGAUCUCCGGUUCCACGUCCACAAGGGGGACGAGGAAGACGAGGAAGAGGAGGAAGAGGACGGGGAGGACGACAAAUUGCACCUGUGCAGCCAGAGACGGUCGAAAAUGAAGCUGGAGAUCUGGCAGGUUUGGAUGCUCAGUUGGAGCCACGCGAAGAGCCGGAUAGAGACAUCGGUAGUGGCGUCCAGAUAAACGAAGACGACCAGAGCGAAUCUGCGGCUCCUUGUCGACGAGGAGGACGAGGAAGAGGACGCGGUGGACGAGGAGGCCGAGGAGGACGAGGAGGCCGACUGACACGACAAAGCGCACCUGCGGAGCAGAAUACGGACGAUGAGAUGGUCGAAAAUCAAGUUCAAGACCAUGAGGACGACCGAAGCGAAUCUGCGGCUCCACGUCGACAAGGAGUUGCCGAGGCAGUCUCCGAUUCGUCCGACGACGUUGAGUUCACUCCGGAGAAACAAGAGAAGUGGAACGAAGCGGUCGCCCAGUCCGAGAAAGUCUUCGAGGAGCUCGGCAAACAGACUCUGCUAGGUACUCCUUUAAAUUUACACUUUUUUUUCUUAAAACCACCACGUACUCUGUUUCAGUCUCGCCGCGUGUCCGCUUCCCGGCCUGUCUCUUCAACCCAAAUGGCGUGCGUCAGAUUCCACAGCCGGUUCGAAAUGCGCCGAAGCCGCAAGCGCUGUUCGCAUGGCACAUGGCGGAGAAUGACCGUCCACAAGGUACACCCUCAAUCCACGGCUCUCCAGACACAGUUUCCAUUGCAGAAAAGUGGUCGAACGCGUCGGAGGACGUGCAGAACGACUUCAAGAAUCUCGUGAAGUUGUUGACAAAGAAAAGGGAGGUUCAGGAGAGCCUCGGAUACACCAUUCUCUACACGGUAAUGCAGGAGAGGAAAAGAAGGGUGAGAUUGAGCCGAGAUCAGGUUGGAACAUAAUAGUUGGUCUUUCAGAUGGCGGUCGAUAAUCACCGUGCUCCCAAGAGAGGCCGAGUGGACCAGGAGGAGCCGGUCGAGCAGGACCGUGAGGAUCCUGAGGUUCGGGUCCAGGAGCUUUCGGUUGGGCGGAACCAAGAGGAGCCAGCCGAGCGGGACCAUGAGGAGCCGGCCGAGCAGGACCACGAGGAGCCAGCCGAGCGGGACCAUGAGGAGCCGGCCGAGCAGGACCAUGAGGAGCCAGCCGAGCAGGACCAAGAGAUGUGGGCCGAGCGGGACCAGGAGAUGUCGGCCGAGCGGGACCUGGAGCUGUCGGUUGAGCGGGACCAGGAGAUGUCGGCUGAACGGGACCACGAGGAGCCAGACGAUCAGGACCACGAGGAGCCAGCCGAGCAGGACCACGAAGAGCCAGCCGAGCGGGACCAUGAGGAGCCGGCCGAGCAGGACCACGAGGAGCCAGCCGAGCAGGACCACGAGGAGCCAGCCGAGCGGGACCAUGAGGAGCCGGCCGAGCAGGACCAAGAGAUGUGGGCCGAGCGGGACCAGGAGAUGUCGGCCGAACGGGACCAGGAGAUGUCGGCUGAACGGGACCUAGAGCUGUUGGCCGAGCGGGACCACGAGGAGCCAGCCGUGCGGGACCAGGAGAUGUCGGCCGAACGGGACCGUGAAGAUCCGGAGGUUGGGGCCCAGGAGCUUUCGGUUGAGCGGAACCACGAGGAGCCGGCCGAGCUGGACCAGGAGAUGUCGGCUGAGCGGGACCAAGAGAUGUGGGCCGAGCGGGACCAAGAGAUGUCGGUUAAGCGGGACCAGGAGAUGUCGGCCGAGCGGGACCCGGAGGAGCCGGCCGAGCAGUACCGUGAAGAUUCGGAGGUUCGGGUCCAGGAGCUUUCGGUUGAGCGGAACCACGAGGAGCCGGCCGAGCAGGACCACGAGGAGCCGGCCGAGCAGGACCAAGAGGAGCCGGCCGAGCAGGACCAAGAGAUGUGGGCCGAGCGGGACCUGGAGCUGUCGGUUGAGCGGGACCAGGAGAUGUCGGCUGAGCGGGACCAAGAGAUUUGUGCCGAGCGGGACCAAGAGAUGUCGGUUGAGCGGGACCAGGAGAUGUCGGCCGAGCGGGACCCGGAGGAGCCGGCCGAGCAGGACCGUGAAGAUUCGGAGGUUCGGGUCCAGGAGCUUUCGGUUGAGCGGAACCACGAGGAGCCGGCCGAGCAGGACCAAGAGAUGUGGGCCGAGCGGGACCAGGAGAUGUCGGCCGAACGGGACCAGGAUAUGUCGGCCGAGCGGGACCACGAGGAGCCAGCCGAACGGGACCAGGAGAUGUCGGCCGAGCGGGACCUGGAGCUUUCGGUUGAGCUCUAA